UYGAGCAUUUUUGAGUUGACGUCUUUUGAAGGACUGUUUUUUGAUCGAGUUUUGAACAUUAGAAAGUUAUCUCCCCGAUAACAUAUUCUUAAUUUUAUCAUAUUCAUUGCGUGAAAAGAAUAUUCCCGAACAAGCUAUAAUUUCUAUCUUAUUUUCAAGGUUCAAAUUGGCGUUCUGUUUCUUUGUUGUGUCUUUGAUCAUUUUCAUCAAAUUCUAUUGAUUUAAACACUUCAAAAAUCAUGGCUUGAAUUAUGCUGCUUUAGUUAGCAAUUUGAGAUGGCGCCGUUUUCAGAAUUAAAGAGCAAAGGAGACAGAGCAUUUGGGCAGGAUGAUCUAUUCCAAGCGAUAUCUUACUACACAGAAGCGUUAUCUCUAGUUCCUGAUGAUGAGGAAGUGUUGGGCUGUAGAUCAGUUGUCUACAGCAAGCUCAACAUGUAUAAUGAGGCUAAGAAUGAUGCAGAGAGGUUGAUUUCAGCUGUACCGAAUGAACCCAAGGGUUAUUUUCUAAAAGCUGUAGCUCUAGAGAACCUGGGUAACAACACUGAUGCGUUGAAGUUCUUCUUAUCGGCAUAUGAACGUGACUCACAACACCCACUUGGACUGAUGCUAAGUAUAAUCCAGGUAGCUGGCAGUAUUUGUCAACUGUCAGAGGAUGAAGAAAUCAACCUCACUCAAGAUGGUGAUAGUGAUGAUGCCAAAAAGUUCAAAAUUCUUGUCCUACUUGGGAAAAGAUUCCACGAGAGUAAGAACUAUAGCUUGUCAAUUGAGAUUCUCAUGGCUGCUCUUACGUCACACUGCAUCCUGCAGAGCCAGUCAAGCACGUGGCUUCAAGAUUCGGAAACCAAAGGAAUGGACAAUGAUGACAGUCAUUAUUCUCUUGCUAGCAUUAGUGAACACCUUCUAGCACCGACUAAGAAGCAUUGUCUCUCCUCCAUGUACAUUACUACCGGUUACCAUGGUGAUGCGAGUGAGACGACAUUGGAUGAAGACAAGAUUGAAAAAUCACCCACAAUUGAUUUCCAAAGUAUCAUGUCAGCUUUGGCGACACUUGGUCUUUCAUACUUCGCUUUAAGCAAGCUAAAACAAGCUCUCUUAUACUCCAAGCAGUGUCUAAUGCUGGCUUUGGAAUGUGAGAGUAAAAAGUACGAACUCAGAUCUUAUGUACAGUUGUCAAAUAUUCACAAAAGGUUGGGUGACUACCUGCAAGCUAUUUCCUACAAUGGUAAACUUCUUGCCGUCGGAAGGGACUUGGAAAAGGGUGAUAUGAAUUGCCAUGAAGCGUACUGGAACAAGGAUAUUGAGCGCAAAGCUGUGUGGAACUUAUCUGCAGCUUACAAAUCACUAGGAGAUUUUAAAACAGCGCUCAGCUACGCGCACGAGUACAUGGAGUUGCUCAAAGUCAUUGAUCAAGAGAACUUGACUGUUGCGUAUUCCAAUCUUGGUCAACUGGAACUCCUUCUAGGGAAUCACGCUUCUGCCCUUGAGUGUCAUAAGAUGGAGGUACGACUCUCGAAGAAGUUUGAUGACAAGGAAUCGAUGGCAUAUGCGUAUGGUAAUGUUGGCAAAGUUUACGCAGCUAUGAAGAAUUUCAAACAGUCUGAGAUCAAUCACAUGCAGCAUAUCAAACUAGCACAGAGCAUUUCGGAUAGAGUGUGUGAACUUGUAGCAGUAAAGCAGCUUGGAGAUAUGUUCAGGUUAAUGGGAGAGUACGGUAAAGCAUUGGAGCAGUAUGACAAACACCUUAGCCAAGUGAAGGUCAAUAAACUAGAAGAAAGCUUACAGUGCCAAGUGUAUGGGUUGAUCGGUCUUUGCUACUGGAAGCUCAACCAGCUUUAUCGCGCUCAGCAUAACUUUGAACAAUGCUUAAAGCUGGCAACUCAAAUUGGUGACAAACAAGAAGAGUUAAACGCCAGAUAUUCUCUUGCAAAGAUUAUGAAAGCGCUACGCCUGCAUGAAAAAUGUCGUCAGUAUUACAACGAGGUUAUUCCAGUCCUUGAACACAGGCUGUUCAUGAAACAGAAAAAUCAUGUGAUGUAUGACGACGAACUAGUAGACAAGCUAGCAGAUUGUUAUGGAGAUUUACAGGAAGUCCUGAUAGAAAUGGACUGUGUUAAAGAAGCCUUAGAAAUCUGCGAACACUGGAAGUCCAAACUUCUAGUUAAUAUUCUCAGAAGCAGAGAUAUCUUGAGAACUGAUGAAGGCAUUCUACACGCAGAUCUUUCACCUUAUAACGCGGCGGAGAUCUUCAAAUUGGUUGAUACUAGUGAGAGCUUAGUACUGGUGUAUUCCUGUCUUCAAAGUGGUUUCAUGAGCUGGUUAUUGGGUCCUGGGAAAGGCGUUUUGAAGUUCUACAGGCACAAGAGCUGCGAACACCUAUCUGUUGAGGAGAGAAUUAAGGAUUGCAUAGAGAAACUUCAUGACGGCCACCAAAUGAAUUACAAAUGCGACCAAAGAUCUUUACCUGAUGGAGACAGCAGGGCAUCUGUACAAGAACAAAAUGGCGCCAAACAAAAAAGCUCUUGUUUUUCCUGUCAUUUUUCGAAUUCAAAUUUUAAGCCCUUGCAAAUGCUGUACAAAAUAUUAAUCGAGCCAUUCAGGGAAGAACUUGAAAGGGAAGACAAAGAUGUUUUAUCAAACAAACUGAUUAUUGUACCAGGUACACAAAUGACCAUGGUUCCUUUUCCGAGCCUCCAGAACUCGAGAGGGGAAUAUCUAUACGAGAAGUACUGUAUCACCAUAAUGCCUUGUGUUCGAGCUUUGUCCCUCAACAAUAACUCUACAAGAAAGGCUACAAGUGACGAGAAUUUCAAAAUCUUAGUCGCAGGGAACCCAAAAAUCCCGAGUGUUGAUUUGAACGGAGUUGCUUGGCAACCACCAGGUGAAGGACUUUUGGCGGAAAAAGAAGUAACGUCCAUAGCAACGCUAUUAGGUGUAGAACCCGUGACUGGUUGCCAGGCAACGAAAGAGUGCAUUACAGAAACCUUAUCUAAGUCAUCACUCGCUCAUCUUGUGACGUAUGGUAGCUGGAAAAAGGGCUGUUUGGCAUUCACACCGAACCGUCAUUGCCAUGGAGACAAGCCACUUGAGGACUCGUAUUUAUUAUCUGUGUCAGACUUACUUUCAAUAGAUUUGACAGCCAAGUUGAUCGUCAUUAGCAGCUGCUGUGGCUGCAGUCACAAGUUCUGCUAUCUCAAGCAAGUUAAUCUGAGUUUAGCUACAGCAUUGUUGGCAGCUGGUGCCAAGGCUGUCAUUCUCUCGCUCUGGUCUGUUGAACAACUAACAUUAAUGAACUUUUACCACUAUCUGUAUUGUGGCUUGGAAAAGGAAGAAACGAUAAGUUGCGCAAUAACACAAGCCUACAACCAUAUAAGGUCAACAGAUCAGCUAUCGAAUCCAGUCUUCUGGUCUUCUCAUAUCAUGAUCGGAUUUGAUGGAUCAUUCAACCUGCUUAAACUACGACAUCAUCUCUACGAUCAAUUACUGGACCGAGAGGUUGGCUUUGUGGGAUGCCACAGGUUCGGUAUUAGGACCUCUACUGGUACCUUGAACGACAAAGCCAAAGCUGACAAGUUUCGAGAAAUUCUCACGAGCUUGAUGCUCCAGCACGGUUCACUUCCCCUGGUUCUGCCGGCUCUACGAGACUUGGUGAAGCUAGCAAACAGCAUGUUGGCGUCUUACGAAGAGGGGCGAAGCUUGAACCAGAUCGUCAUGUCUUCGCAGCUCAAUUCUAGCGUACUCGACGCUCCAUUCACCCAAGACUUGCUUCUUUUCCUUGGAUUUAAUUUUCAAAAAGAUGGCGCGAAGGAUAAAGACCCGUUUGUUGUGUUUCCUCAUUGGGAUUACGAGAGCACACUAGAGACAAGUGCGGUUAUCUUGGAUGCGGCUUGUUCUAUUUUUGAAGUGUCGGGACUUGCUGGACACCUUCUGGGUAGAUUGAUGAAGAUAUUAACUCAAAACAAUAUGGACAAAAUGAAAGAACUGCUGAGUAUCACGACCAAAUACCCAACAAGGAUCGUCAAGACGUCUGACUUCAUGGUGCGAUCUUUAUGGUGUCAUAAAGAGAUCCAACGUUUCCUGAUGUCUGUGGGCUUUUAUGAAGUUGGCCAGUCGUUGCUCUUUAACAAGAAUGAAAAUAACCAAAUCAUGAUUAAGGGAGCUCUGAAGAUCUUAUCUGGGUUGCUAGGAAACAUGGAGAUGGUGAAAAUCAAACCUCAUCUGUCCUCAACUCGAGAGCUGACGUCAGGAGACAGUAGGAAUAUAAAACUGCUGUCCCUUUCACCGACAGUCACUGAAACUAACCAGAUCGUGAUGCGAACACCUUGGAUGUCUCAACGAGCAGAUCAAAAGGAGGCAAAGAUCAAGUUGAAAUGUGCCAAAGAGUUGGAAGCAAUAAAUAAACACUUUGGUAGAGUCGUCACCAGGUCCAAUUACUGGCACGCGCAACUUCUUAGAGCACAGAAUUCUAAGAAGCCUAGUUUGCCCGUCAUAGCAACUAAGGAUCAACAACCGCAGUUACCCUUAGCAACCGCCGAAACAAAACGAAAGCUCAAAGUCAAGGUUGUCAGCGGUCUUACCCCGUCCUGUGACAGGAAACUAGCAGAAGAAGAGCCCAAGAUGACUAUAACGGAAGCACGUGAGAGACGAAAAGCAAUCUAUAAAAUCUAUGGACAGCGGUAUGAUGAUAUUGCAAUGCGCAAGCGCAACGAGAUUCGCCAUUUGUUUUCUUCUUUUACCGAAGAUUCAAAGAUUUGAUGGCCAGAAGACAAGGCUUGUGUGAAGCAAGAUUCACAAACAUCAUAUCACGCUUAGGACAGAUACUUUAUAAAUUGUAUGGGCGACAAAAUAUAUAAAAACGAUACCAGCUGUUUGAUUUACAUUUAUUUUUCUAAAUAUUUUUUGAUACUUCUCUUCAUUUCUUGGCGGGUGUACAUAAAAUAGCUGAAUGGAAAACUUAACCAAAGACGCUUUCAUGAUUUUUAUAAAAUAGUUUACUUAGAACAAUAUCAUUGUAAAUGAGCGAAAUAGGUUUAAUUCCUUUCUGAAGAAAGAAAAACUGUUAUAUAUUUUUUAGAAAGAAUCUAUAUAAUCUAUAACUAAAGCUUGUACCUUUAAAGACAAGAAACGGUUGAUAAACUAGGAGAGUUGUUUAUUAUAUUCGACUCCCUAAUCAAGUGCGUUGACUUCUAUUAAAUGUCGUCUCCUUCAGAA